GGAAGGCAGCGCACUGCCUAAGAAGAAAGUAGUGUCUCAGUUGGUGUAGUUGUUGACGACUUCGUGUGCAGUGAUAUUGUUCGUCACAGUAGAAUAUGGCAAUGACUCUCCGCAACUUUUUAUCAAUCUUUGUGAUUUUCGUGCUGUGUUUCAGUGAGAAGACAGUUAGAAGUCAGAAGAAAGCUGAUGGAGCAGACGACAAAAAAGAGGCCUUUCAAUGUCCGCAUAGUACAGGAAAUGGAAACUAUGCAGAUCCAGCUACGUGCAAAAGAUUUUACCAGUGCGUCGAUGGAUAUCCAUAUGUAAACAGAUGUCCUUCAGGUCUAUAUUUUGAUGAUAUUGCUAAAUUUUGUACCUUUAAGAAUGAAGCAAGGUGUGGACCGCUAGCAUCAACACCUGCACCAGUUACAGAAGAACCUACAGAUUUAGCAACAAAAUGUGAUCCAGAAAAGUGCGUUUUACCAUAUUGCUUCUGUUCUAAGGAUGGAACAUUGAUUCCGGGUGGUUUAGAUCCAGAAGAUACGCCACAGAUGAUCCUCUUGACAUUUGAUGGAGCAGUUAACCUAAACAACUAUGAUCAUUAUAGAAAAGUUCUUAAUCAUAAACGACAAAAUCCAAAUGGUUGUGAGAUAAGAGGUACUUUCUUUAUAUCUCACGAAUACAGUAACUACCACAUGAUACAAGAAUUAGCCAGUGAAGGACAUGAGGUAGCCACGGAGACAAUAUCGCUUCAGAGUGGAUUGGAAAACAAAGGAUUCGAGGAAUGGGUAGGUGAAAUGGUGGGCAUGAGAGAUAUACUCAAACAUCUUGCAAACAUUUCAAAAAGUGAAGUUGUGGGAAUGAGAGCACCUUUCUUAAAACCAGGAAGAAACACACAAUACAAAGUUUUAGAAGAAUUUGGAUACAUUUACGACAGUUCUAUAGGAGUACCUGCACUUCCUGUACCAGUAUGGCCAUAUACAUUGGAUUACAAAAUACCCCACGAGUGCAAAUCUGGUACAUGUCCUACUAAAACAUUCCCAGGUGUUUGGGAGGUUCCUCUAAACACUCAUUACGUAGAAGGUUUUGAAGGAGGACACUGUCCAUAUCUAGACCAAUGCGUACUUCAUAACCACGAUGCUGACGAUGUAUUCGAGUGGCUGCAAGAAGAUUUCUUAAGAUACUACGAUCAAAAUAGGGCUCCUUACAUGAUGCCUUUCCAUACCAACUGGUUCUCAAUUAAAGAGCUGGAGCAGGGCUUGCACAAGUUUUUAAAUUGGGUACAAACCUUACCUGACGUGUGGUUUGUAACAAAUACCCAAGCACUAACAUGGAUGACGGACCCAAAGCCAAUUAACCAACUAAAAAGCUACGAACCGUGGGAUUGCAAAAAAAGAGAAAAUUUACCGCCCAAACCAUGUAAAAUUCCCAACAAGUGCGCGCUGGCCUUCAAACGACCAGAGCUGAACAUUACAGACACUCGCUACCUUGAAACCUGCAACGAUUGCCCAAAUCAGUAUCCUUGGUUGGAUGACUCUAGUGGUUCUGGUAUACCAGGGAAAGACAAUUAUGUUCCUGAUAAUGUUAGGAAAUGAAUUUUAUGUACUGAGUGUUUUAAAUCAUUACCGUCAAAGAAAUAGUCCUACUAAUAUUCAAUAAAAUAUAAAAAUGUAAAAAGGAAUGAAUUUUGUAUAAAAUGUGUACAAAAAGUAAUAUAAUUUGUAAUAUUACCAUUUUUUAUAGAUGAAGCAAAAUGUUUUUAAUUUUAAUUUACGUGAAUCAGAAAUAUACCAGGUGUAUCAUUCAUACAGCUCGUCUAUUUUUUUCCUGCACCAUCUAGGAUUAAGUGCGGUUUUUGGUCUGUAACUUUUGGUUUUUCGGCAUUCUUCAGGAAUUGUUAGAAACAAAAAUAUUUUUUUUUCAUUUUCUUCUUUUGUUAUGACAACUUUAAACUAAGUAACAUAAGAACAAAAGAUAAUGUAAUUUAAUAGAUUAUAUAAAAUAUAAUAAAUAUGCAGGGUGCACUAUUAAAAAAUAGAUUUCUAGGAUAAUUUGAAAUUAUGACGAACUAGGUAUAAUUCUGAUUGACGUAUAUAGAUAACUAAAAUAUUUUGAUAAACUCUGCAUAAUAUAUCGAAAUAUUAGCAAGUUAUGUUAUUUUUUUAGUACUUUACGAGAGCAGCAAAUGUGUGCGUCAAUUCCUGUUAUGUGUGUAUGAAAGGCAUCUAUUUCUUUAUUGAUGUGUUUUAGCAUAGUUAUUUAUACAUAAAAGUAAUUGAUUAUAAACUCGCAAUUACUAAGCCACAUGUUUAGGACGUAAAUUAAAAAAAAUUGGUAUGAAAAUCAAACAGUCACAGAUUACAAAUUCUUAUUGGUAUUAUUUAAUUUAUAUUAAAUAUUUCAAAAUAUAUAGUAUGUAUAAUU